CAUAGUCUCCGAUGUAAUAGGAACUUCAAUUAACUACCUAACCUAGGUAUAUAGUAUUUAGGAUUUAUUUAUCAUUGUUACAAUCAUUUACUAUUAUCGUCAACUUUGGAUCUUAACACACAACUUGAAGAAACAUAUUUCAAUAAUCCCCCUCCCCAUGACUAAUUUCUAACAUCAACAGAGCUAUAGCCGCUCACGUUGCCUCAAUGUCAGGCUUGCUUAAUACAAGCUUGCUAUUGGCGAGCUUGUGCUUUACUACUCUUGUGCUGGGAUCGGGAAAUCGACCAUACGGCCAAGAACAGAUUCCUUUAAAUGACUUCGACUACCAAGAAGCCUGUCCAGAUUAUACCCAGUACUCGACAUAUCCGCAUCGUCCCCUGAGCGACGGCCCUCAUGCUCUACCUUUUCAGAGACCUGAUCCGCGAUGUCGUACCUUUCACUCGGAUGCUAUAGAGCAAGUCAUCAAAGAUGUGACGUCUCGGAUGAAAGAUCCUGAUCUGGCCCGUCUCUUUGAAAAUGCAUUUCCUUCUACUACGGACACCACCGUCAAGUUUCAUACUACCGGAUCCACGAAUAAAAAGAAGCCGAGAAGAACCCUAUACGACGAGGGACAGUGGGAGGGACUGCAUUCAUUCAUCAUCACGGGAGACAUCAUUGCCGAAUGGCUUAGAGAUUCUACUAACCAACUCUCACCCUACCAGCCUUUAGCGAAGAAGGACCCUGCCAUACACGACUUGAUUCUAGGCGCCAUCAAUACUCAAUCCGAAUAUGUUAUUGAAUCCCCGUAUUGCAACGCCUUCCAACCGCCUCCUAUUAGUGGACUACCCAUAUCUCAAAAUGGUCAGGACGACGUCGUUCAUCCCGUCUACGAGCCGUCAUUUGUUUUCGAGUGCAAAUACGAAUUAGAUUCCCUCGCGCACUUCCUCGCCUUAGCGAAUGACUUCAACGACCACACAGGAUCCACAGAAUUUGUGACGCCUCGUUGGUACUUGGCACUGGAAACACUAUUGAAUGUGCUGGAGCAGCAGUCCAUGUCGACUUUCGAUCCAGAAACAGGACGUUAUCGCCGAAAUGAAUACACCUUCAAUCGCAACACAAAUACGGGCACAGAGACGCUCAGUCUAAAAGGGGUAGGGAAUCCUCUAAACAACGGUACUGGUCUUGUGCGCUCCGCCUUUAGACCGAGUGAUGAUGCUACUAUCCUAGGAUUCUUCAUUCCGGCUAAUGCAAUGAUAGCCGUGGAAUUGAAGAGAACUGCUGCAAUCCUGCAAUCCGUUGGCAAGAGCGUAUUAGCUCAGACUGUUGAGGGCUGGAGCCAAACCAUUACCGACGGUGUUUGGGAACACGGAGUGGUGCGCCAUCGAGUCUUCGGUGACGUUUUUGCAUACGAAGUGGACGGAUAUGGAUCAUCUAUUCUAAUGGAUGACGCCAAUUAUCCCUCUCUUCUAGCCUUACCACUCAUGGGCUUCCUAAAGUCAGACGACAAGACAUACCAGAACACGCGACGUAUGCUACUGGCGAAAUCAUCAAAUCCAUACUACCUCGUAGGGAGAGAGUUCCAAGGCAUCGGAGGUCCUCAUGUGGGACUCUCAAAUGCCUGGCCCAUGAGUCUCCUCGUCCAGGCCCAGACAUCGGACGACGACGAGGAGAUAAUGGAAUGCCUCAAACUGGUGCUCAAGUCAAGUUCACUUGGCUUGGUUCACGAAAGCGUCGAUGUCAACCUGAUUCAUUCCUAUACAAGAAGCUGGUUUGCCUGGGCGAACGGUGUUUUCGCGGAAACGAUUCUCGAUAUAGCCAAGAGAAAACCGCACUUGAUUUUUAAGGAGCCCGCAACGCCUUACGAAAUAUAAUUUGCUAGCCCGGUACGGGAUAAAAAAACGCUGUGGUGGCAAUAUAGCACUUGCGAUGACGAAGAUGACGACGAUAAUGAUGAUAGAAGAUUACACCGACUCUGUUUAUAAUGGUGUCUCUUUUUUAUGCAUAUCUAACAUUGAAAUGCAGCAUAUAUGUACCUAGUAGUAUAGCCCAUCCGCGUAUAUACCAUAUAAAGAAGUGUGUUUCAUUCACUCGACGCUCAAGUAUAUUAUCGGUAAACAAGAGGGAGCAAUACCCCCAAGUACUACAAUGAUCACGAAAUGUAUAUCGCACGGGAGAGUCAAGAGAG